CGUGGAUGGCGAGGACUGACGGAGAGCGUUCAGCUCACCGUUUCUCCAAAUGCUCAGGUGCUUUUGGUGCAAAUCGGUGCUGUUUUGGGAAAGCUCCCAUCCCCACCGGCCAAUUUGGGAAGGGGCCAUUGCAGUUGGAUGUAGCCUUGCAAGCCUAGCGGUGCCAUGUCGCCAGGUCAGCUCGGGGACCGCGGGGACAGCUGUGCCAGCCAGCCUUAUAAAAAGAGAUGUUGGUGACAAGGAGCUGACAGUGCCCCGAGUGACAACCUCAGCCCAUGCGAGUCGCCCCAGCAACGCUCCCAGGGCCGCGGCGUCCUUUUCCACGUGCCUGUAACUGAAUUCCUGCCCAGAUAAAUAUUUCACGAGCAGCUGUGGGUUGGGUUCCCAGCCUGGCGCAGGCACCUCUCCUGCCCCAGCCUGACCAUGGGAAGGGGGUAAAGCCAAGCUAGUGCCCUCUGCCUCCAGGGAAACCCUGAGCCAGGCUGGGAGCAGGUUGGAAGAGGGAAUAAAAUGGAAAACAGGACUCUCCUUCCUGCGUUUCCACAUGCCUGAGGGGGAAGCUGUCCCACAGCUGAGGUUCUCCUCGAUCUGAGCACCCAAGGGUCACUCUGCUACCCUUUGGCAAGUGCUGGCAGCGGGUGCUGGAGGCUGUGGGGUGCCCAGCACGCACAUGGGGACCCUCCAAGGUGGGCACUGGGUGACAGCCAGGGCUGCCAGGGACAAGAGCCAGCUCCUCAGUGCAUGGGGUGCUCCACAGGCAUGAUGACCUCAAGGAGAUGCUGGAUAGCAACAAGGACUCGCUCAAACUGGAGGCCAUGAAGAGGAUUGUGGCGAUGAUCGCCCGUGGGAAGAAUGCCUCCGAUCUCUUCCCAGCCGUCGUCAAAAAUGUGGCCUGCAAGAAUAUCGAGGUGAAGAAGCUGGUGUAUGUGUACCUGGUGCGCUACGCUGAGGAGCAGCAGGACCUGGCCCUGCUCUCCAUCUCCACCUUCCAGCGAGGACUCAAGGAUCCCAACCAGCUGAUCCGUGCCAGUGCCCUGCGGGUCCUCUCCAGCAUCCGCGUGCCCAUCAUCGUGCCCAUAAUGAUGCUGGCCAUCAAGGAGGCGGCAUCGGACAUGUCCCCAUAUGUGCGCAAGACGGCCGCCCACGCCAUCCCCAAACUGUACAGCCUGGACUCAGACCAGAAGGACCAGCUCAUCGAAGUGAUCGAGAAGCUGCUGGCAGACAAGACCACGCUGGUGGCUGGCAGUGUGGUGAUGGCAUUCGAGGAGGUCUGUCCUGAGCGCAUCGACCUCAUCCACAAGAACUACCGCAAGCUCUGCAACCUGCUCAUCGAUGUGGAGGAGUGGGGCCAAGUGGUGAUCAUCAACAUGCUGACACGCUACGCACGCACCCAGUUCCUCAGCCCCAACCAGAACGAGUCCCUGCUGGAAGAGAGCGCAGAGAAGGCCUUCUACGGCUCCGAUGAGGAGGACGCCAAGGAUGCCAAGGCAGAGGCCGCCUCACUGGCGAAGCGCAAGCCCUACGUCAUGGACCCUGACCACCGCCUGCUGCUGCGCAACACCAAACCACUGCUGCAGAGCCGCAACGCCGCAGUGGUGAUGGCCGUGGCUCAGCUCUACUUCCACUUGGCGCCUAAGGCUGAGGUUGGCGUCAUUGCCAAGGCGCUGGUGCGCCUCCUGCGGAGCCACAGCGAGGUGCAGUAUGUUGUGCUGCAGAACGUGGCCACCAUGUCCAUCAAACGGAGGGGGAUGUUCGAGCCCUACCUGAAGAGCUUCUACAUCCGCUCCACAGAUCCCACACAGAUCAAGAUCCUCAAGCUGGAGGUCCUCACCAACCUGGCCAAUGAGACCAACAUCUCCACCAUCCUGCGGGAGUUUCAGACCUACAUCCGCAGCAUGGACAAAGACUUUGUGGCAGCCACCAUCCAAGCCAUCGGGCGCUGUGCCACCAACAUUGGGAAGGUGCGGGACACCUGCCUCAAUGGCCUGGUCCAACUCCUCUCCAACCGGGAUGAGCUGGUCGUGGCCGAAUCUGUGGUGGUCAUCAAAAAGCUGCUGCAGAUGCAGCCAGCCCAGCACAGUGAGAUCAUCAAGCACAUGGCCAAGCUCACUGACAACAUCCAGGUGCCCAUGGCACGGGCCAGCAUCCUGUGGCUCAUUGGCGAGUACUGCGAGCACGUGCCCAAGAUCGCACCCGACGUGCUGCGCAAGAUGGCCAAGUCCUUCACCAACGAGGAGGACAUUGUCAAGCUGCAGGUCAUCAACCUGGCAGCUAAGCUCUACCUGACCAACUCUAAGCAGAGCAAGCUGCUGACCCAGUAUGUACUCAACUUGGCCAAGUAUGACCAGAACUACGACAUCCGGGACCGGGCCCGCUUCAUUCGCCAGCUCAUUGUGCCCACCGAGAAGAGUGGAGCCCUCAACAAAUAUGCCAAGAAGCUCUUCCUGGCCCAGAAACCUGCUCCCAUCCUGGAAUCCUCCUUCAAAGAUCGGGACCAUUUCCAGUUGGGCUCCCUGUCCCACCUGCUCAACGCCAAGGCAGUUGGCUACCAAGAGCUGCCUGGCUGGCCAGAUGAGGCCCCUGACCCCUCCGUGAGGAACGUGGAGGUUCCCGAAUGGACCAAGUGCACCAGCCGCGAGAAGAGGAAGGAAAAGGUGGAGAAACCUUUUUACUCUGAUUCAGAGGGCGAGUCAGGGCCCACGGAGUCAGCGGACAGCGAGCCGGAGUCCGUCAGCGAGGAGAGUGAGAGCAGCAGCAGUGAGGGCACCUCCAGCUCUGGCAGUGAGGAGGAAGAGGAGGGCAGCGGGGACCAAUCGGAGGACAAGGAGGAAGAGGAGAAGAGGAAGAAGAAGAAGGAGAAGGAAGCCCCUCGGAAAGCAUCUCUGGAGAGCGCUGGCAGCCCCAGUGAGGAGGAGGAGGAGGAAGGGGUGAAGAAGGGCAAGAAGAAGAAGCAGCAACAGGUGAGGAAGGGCCGCGGCGAGACCUCGUCCGAGGAGGCCAGCGCCUCCGAGAGCAGCUCAUCGGACUCAGAGUCAGGCUCUGAGGUGCAGGAGUCGCCGGCGGAGGUGGAGGCCAAGCAGAGGAAGGCGCCUGCCAGCACCAAACCCAGUCCCAGGGCCAAUGCUGUGGGCCCCAAGGAAAUCUCCCUGCUCGACCUGGAUGACUUCACCCCUCCUCCUCCCCAGCCCGUCCCCACCAGCAGCAUCGUCUCCACCAGCCUGGUGACUGACCUGGAAGGCCUCACGCUCACUGACACCUCCCUGGCACCUGCCCUGCUGAGCCCGGCAUUUGGCUCGGUGUCGGGUCACACCCCGUGGCACAGCAUGCCACAGGGCACCCCAUGGGUGCUGCAGCUGAGCUGGAGGAGGUUGUCUCCCAGGCUGGGCUGGGUGCUGCCCACCGGCAAAGCGCCCGCUGGGUGCUGGGGACGCGGUGCCAGCCCUGUGCUUUCAGAGAGCCUGGCGCCCGGGGACACUGCCAGCGUGGUCAUGGGCAUCGACUUCUGCGACUCCACCCAGGCGGCCAACUUCCAGCUCUGCACCCACACGCGCCACUUCUACGUCUCCAUCCAGCCGCCCGUGGGGGAGCUCAUGGCUCCCGUCUUCAUGAGCGAGAACGAGUUCAAGAAGGAGCAGGAGCACCUCUCGCGGCUGGGCGAGGGGAAGCUGACGGGCAUGAGCGAGAUCACGGAGAAGCUGACGCUGCCGGAGAAAUGCCGGAGCGACCACGCCAUCGUCCAGCAAGUGACCUCGGCUGCCAACGUGGGCCGCGUGCCCUGCGGAGCAGACAACGAGUACAGGUAGCCGGAUCCCCCAUUGCAGUG